CUUUAUAGCCUCGAUAUUACACUUAAACAAAAUAAUACACAACAAGUUGUGCAAGUCUUUUGAAAAUCUCAAAAACCAGUGUUUCAGAUAUCAUACUAUUAUUUGCUGGCGUUGUUGUCGUUGUUGUUGUUGUUGUUGUCAUUAGACUCAUAGAGGGAUAGGGAGAGUAAAAGUUAUAAAAAACAAAAGUCGUGUGAUUUCAUGCAAAAGAAUCCAAGGAUUGUGACCACAAAACAAGUCAACUGACAACUGAUACUCUAUAACAACGACAAGACGUAAACCACUGUCAGCUUAAGCGCAGUCACACCACCACUACUUUGCUUAGUCAUUGCGAUACAAGUCCUCCGACUAUAAAGAUCUCUGAUUUUCAUUUUUAUUUAGCCAUAAGUCUUGAAGUAAAGUGAUUGUAACUAAAGAAGAAAGCGAUGAAGUUUCUCAUAUUUGGUAUCGCUUUCUUAGCUAUCGCGACUAUUGUUGCCGCUCAAAGCUCAUGUCAUCUGCGAGAACUGGACUUAUGUCUCGCCUCAGGACUGGCCUCUGGUCAGAACCUCCCGACAACCAUUGCUGAGAUCAACAAACAAUGUAAUGGUAUGAAAGAGAUGAACGAAUGUAUAGGCAAUUACUCUCGUCGUUGUUCAACAAAAUCCAUGCGAGAGUUUAUGAGAAGUUUGACCCAACAGGGAGACGUCAAAUCAUGGUAUUCAGACUUCUGUACUAAAGAUAACUCAGAGGAAAGGGAGAAAUUUCUCAAACACUCAGUGUGUUUGAAUACAGCACAGAAAGAGGCCAGAAGUUGUAUACGGGAUCUGACUGUUGCUCUCGAUAAGGCCAUCAACGCUGACGUUGAGAACAGGAUUCCCGAGAUGUGUUGCGCCGUCAGACGUAUGAGAAAGUGUUCUUCAGAUAUCAUUGAAGCCAAAUGUGGUAAAGAAGGCAUGAAAUACAGUUCCCAAAUGUUGCAAUCAGUUGCCGGAACCAGAAUUCCAGAAAUCGCUUGCCGUGACUUUGAUCCGACCUCACAGAAGUGUACGUCCAUAUUACCGGCUCCGGGAACUAAAGCUGGAAACACUAAAUCCAAUUCAGUGUUGUCGAGACUGUUGAACACCUAUUCGGCGCUUUAAAAGAUAAGAAACAGUGAUUCAAAAACAAUUAAAAGACAACUAUAACACCAAUUGAUCCAAAAAAAACUUUAUAUAUUUUUUUAAUACAAUGCGCGCGCUAUCAUUAUUACUAUAAUUAUUUUAUUACACCUGAACGCCAUUCCAUACAUUAGCACCUAUUUUAUUAAAUUUUAUAUUUUUCUAUAUUAUUAGAUAUAGUAAUGUUAUAAUAAUUAUUUACAU